UGACGUUUGACGAAACUUGAUGUUAAGUACAUUAUACAGCCCAAUCCUAAAUAUUCUCGCGGAAUUUCUCCUUUGCGAAUUUUAAAAUCCUCUAAGAAAAAAUCCUCCAAUUCUAAAUUGUCGGGGAGAAGGAUUUUUGAGGAGUAGGAUUUUUUCUCUUUCUAUCUUUCGAAAUCAGCUGUUAUGCUUAUUGUUGACAAUUUUUCGAUAAUUUGCCAAUGUGAUUUUUGCAUGUUUUGGCGAAACUUUAUUAAUUGUGGUUGAUUCGGAAACUUAAAAAUGAAUAGCUUAGCGUUAAAUAUGUUAGUGAGAGAAAUUAGUGAGGAAGAAAGGCAACAAACAAACGCGCAACGAGUGGCGAGGAGGAAACUGCGCGACUUGAUGAACCCCUUGGAGUUGCCUCAACCUUUUUUUCUUUGUGUUUUCAAUUCGAGUCCGGCGCUUCCCCAAAAGUUAAUUUUUCCUGCCCCAGAACAACGACACCAAUUCGCUUUUGUGGACACUGCCUUCCACACACACACGUUUCCUUGUGCUGCAUUUUUCCAGCUUCGUAGGGGCGGAUCUUUUGCAUCUGUGGACACUACGUUCCAAGUACAUAUUGUGACGAAUACUUUGACAACGCGAAGCGACCAUCGAGAAAUAGGCAGAAUGUUCGAGGAAUGACGUAGAAUGUUCCACAAAGAGAAACGUCAAGUUGGAUGAACACUGCGAACAGCGAGAGAAAGAGAAUGAGCGAUAAACUUCAGAACGUUCUAGAGUUGCCAUAAGUACGAGCGCAGGUAUAUAAGGGCGCCGCCACAGCGAUGUGAGUUAGAUACAAGUCAGCUAGCUACAAGUAAAGUGAGCAGAGAAGUGAGUUGCGAAUAAGCAAGCUAUAAGUUUAAUUGUGUUAACAAUUAUUGUAAAGUGUUUUUACUGUAUUAGC